AUGGCAGUGAAGAGCGACUUUUUGAUAGCGCUGACUCAGUUGGCCGCCGAACGUCAUUUGCCCAAGGAGCAGGUGCUCCAGGCAAUAGAAGUAGCAUUGGCAUCUGCAUUCAAGAAAGAUAAUCCAGUAGCUGGGCAAAACAUCACCGUUACCCUGAAUCCAAAUACCGGUGACGUGAGCGUAUUUGCUCUUAAGACUGUAGUUGAAGAUGUAGAGGAUACAUCCCGCGAAAUAUCCCUCCAGGAUGCUAUGGCCUUUAAGCGGAGCGCGGCGAUUGGUGACGAGAUCGCUGCGGCAGAACCCCUUCCUCAUAACGCCAGCCGCAUAGCCGCUCAGACCGCCAAACAGGUGGUUUUGCAGCGUCUGCGGGAAGCGGAGAGGGAGUUGCUGUACGAGGAGUUCCUGCAGCAUCGCCAGGAUAUUAUUACCGGUAUUGUGGAACAACUGGAACCUAACCGCAGCAUUGUAUUGGACAUGGGACGCGCCCAAGCCGUAAUGCCCGCAGACGAGCAGGUCCCGACGGAGAGAUAUAAGAAGGGACAGCGGAUAAAGGUUUUUGUUCUGGACGUGCGCAAUGGCGCCAAGGGACCCGAGAUACUGGUGUCCCGCAGCGACCGGAACAUGUUGAAGCGCCUCUUCGAAAUUGAGGUGCCCGAGGUAUAUAACGGCACCGUGGAAAUCAAGGCCAUUUCCAGGGAUGCGGGAUUCAGGAGCAAGGUAGCCGUUCAUUCUACACAAGAUGGUGUGGACCCGGUAGGUGCCUGCAUCGGCCUACGUGGCAAUCGCAUUCAGAGCAUUGUUAAUGAACUGCAGGGUGAGAAAAUUGACGUAGUUCCCUGGGAGGCGGAUCCCAGAGCCUUUAUUGCUAAAUCAGUUAGUCCGUCCGAGGUAGUCCAUGUCGAACUGGAUGCACCGGAGCAAACCGCGAUAGUAGUUGUACCUGACAGGCAACUGUCCCUGGCCAUAGGGAAAGAAGGUCAGAAUGCCCGUCUCGCGGCUCGAUUGGUUGGAUGGCGUCUGGAUAUCAAAGGCCUGACCGAAUGGGAAGAAAUUAAAGAGACUCGCCAGCGGGAGUUGGAGGAAAGAAGUCGGCUAGCAGCAAUUGAGGCUGCGGCCGCGGCCGCGGAAGUUGCCGCAGAGUCUGAAGCAGAAGCUUUGGAAGCUGUCGCAGAGGCGGAAGCGAUCAUUGCCGACACAGAUCCGGCUGAAACUAGCCAGGAAACUGUUGCCGCAUCCGCUUUGGAAGAAGCUCCUUCUGUUGCUGAAGAGUCAGAUGCAACUGCAAUCGCAGAAGUCGAAGUUAUUGACGAAGAGGCUCUUCUGGAAGCUUUGAUUCGUGAUGAAGAGGAAGUCGAAGGUGCAAUCGCUGAGGAUAGCGACAGCCUGAGUGUUGACGCUUUGGCUUCUUUCACCCUUGACGGUGUAAUGGAAGAGGACGACGAAGAGGCCGAGGAAGAGGAACUCUUUCCUGAUUUGCCCGAAGUACCUAUCCUUACACCUGAUGCCGGUAAGAUUCGCUUCGCCGAAGACCUAGUCGGCGAAAGUCGGGGCGGCGGGCGCGGCGGGCGGCGGCGUAAUACCGGUGGAGGCGCGGGCCGAGGAGCCCGUCGUGGCGGCGGCAGGUAA